AUGCCUACAAUGAGAACGAGAGCGAAACCUUCAGUCCCAAACACAAACCCUAAUCCAAAAGUCUCGAACUACGAGAAAUCCAGAGAAGAAAGGAUCAAAGAGAAUCUCGAGAGGAUGAAGAAUCUAGGGAUUAUGGAUCUCUCUCGCAAACUCAGUUCCCAGAUCCGAUCCGUUAAAAGACCUUACUCCAGAGUUCGUCGUAACUCUCCGACCCGAGACACGCCUCCUCUUCAGAGACGAUCCUCGAGAUUGAAGGAGGAAGCGCCAGUUACUCGACGAUCCUCGAGAUUGCAGAACGCACCACCAGUUACUUAUGUUGAGGAAGAUGAAGUCAAAAAGGGUAAAAGAUCUAAAGAGAUGGUUUUGUGGAUUGGAGAAGGUAAAAGACCAGAGAUUUACACUGAGGAACAUGAGAAACUACUAGGUAACACUGAGCGAAUUUGGGAGUCUGGUGUUGAUGGUUGCGAUAUAAAGGGGGAACGGAUUUAUGAUUCUUUUAGUGGAAAGACUUGUCACCAGUGUAGGCAGAAAACGCUUGGUUAUCGUACCCAAUGCAGCCAAUGUCACCCAUCGGUAACCGGUCAAUUCUGUGGAGACUGUUUGUACACGAGAUAUGGAGAACAUGUGCUUGAAGCUCUGGAAAAUCCAGACUGGCUUUGUCCUAUACGUAAUCUUGGGUACAAGUCUGUUGCACAUUAUCUGAUUCAAACCAAGAAGCAGUCAGAAACAAGUGAGGAUGAUGAAACUGAUGAUGCUCUAUCACAAGCUUCUGCAAGGGCAUCCUCGGAAGAAGAUCAUCUCCCUCUCGCGAUUACUGACGGGGAGAAUCAAACUUCAGUGACUGAUGUUCAUGCUCUAGGUGAUCUCAAGCCAGUAGAUGUGAACGAGAUGGAUCCAGCAACUCCUGUGAUCAUUGAUGUUGAUGAAGAAUACGAAAAGAACCGAGGAACAAGAAAGAAGAGAAAAAUGUCUGUCAAACCUAACCCGGAUAGUAUUGGUGGAAGACUGAGGCAGCGUCGUAAGAGUCAAGCUUGA